GAUGGAAAAUUCCAUGAGUUCUAUGCCGCCAGAAAGCAUUCUCUCAACUACGCCAGCACAGAUCACUUGGCAAGCAAGAAGCAAUAAGAAAAGAUGGCGAAUCGUGGCUGCUAUUUUUGCAAUACUUUUCCUUGUUUUGCUAUUCGUUAUAAUCGGAGUUCUCGUAAACUUGGCGUUUAACAAAAAUAAUCCGGCUGAUACCACGGUUCAGAAUACCAACACCCCCAAUACCCAAGGCCAGGUCGGGACAUCUAGCACUACUUCGACCACCACUUCAACUUUGACCCCGAACAUUGUUACCACAACAACGAUGCAACCGACACCUACGCACACGCCAGACUACACUAGCAAUGACGCAAAAUCGUGCAAGGAGUUGAGGGAGCGUGGAGUGACUACCAGCGGAAUAUACAUGAUAAAGCCAGAAAAGUAUUACGCUGCUAUUGAGGCCUUGUGCGAUAUGGAAACUGACGGAGGAGGAUGGACACUAGUUGCCAGUAUUCAUGAAUCAGAUAUCCGACGAAAAUGUUAUUCUGAUGAUGUCUGGUCCGGAUACGUACCGAGAUCUCAAAUUCUAUACACAGGCCAAACAAACUGGGACAAUGAAAUGAUCUUUGGAAAUGUUCAUACAUGCUCUGAGAACGAUUAUAAAAACUCGGUUUACUACACAGCUAAUGCCUCCGACGUCAUGGUCUGGCACGCCCAAUCAGGACUGCCUAAUACGAUAGUGAGAGAUAGAGCAACACUACGCUACAGGACCACAAACAAAUUUAUGCAGAAUUACGGAGGAAACCUAAAGAAUCUGUUCAAAACCUAUUACCCCUUAACUGUUAAAACUGAUCGAGAAAACAGAACAACAAAAGUUCUCAAUGCAUUGGUAGAAAAAGCAGCCGACAUCCGAUCCCAGAUUCCUGAUUGGUAUGACUACACAUACAACAGCGGAAGAACAAAUACUAUAAGCGGUGGCAUGUUUAAUUAUGGACCCUAUUUGACUUUCGGGAGCAAUCGUCAAAGUUAUGGAUAUUUGUAUUACGAGGAAGAAUAUGAACUCUCUUGGUCUAAAACUGGAAUAAACAGCAGAAAAUCACUUCCAUUUCUGGCAGUUAGUGUGAUUUCAAAUGAAGAUAAAUUGAGCGAGUAUUUCCGUAUAAAUUCAUAUUAUCGACAAAUAAGCGCAGAGAACAACUACACUUACUACUCCAACACAACCACUAUGGGAAAAUUCAAGCUGCAAUACUACGUUGCUCAAGAACACAAUAAGGCUUACCCGAGUCCAUGUGAAUUCUACUUUGUCGUUUCAAACAAGGAGGAUUGGAAAUCAGAUGAGCCCAGUUCUUUUAGGCGAACGUAUCUGAGUAAUUACUGGAGAUACAGAAACCUGGAAAUGAGAAUUGAAGGAAACCCUUCGCAUGUCGUAUUUGGCUACAUGCUUCUGGCAAGAAAAGCAAAUUUGAAUAUCACAUCUGAUGAGACCAUAGCUCAAGCUCAGAAAGUUGCUAAACUUGUUUUGGAAGCAUUCUCAACACAAAAAGACUUGUUUAACGAGGACGCCGAAGAAAGUCUUCAGGUCCCAAUUACAUUCGACCAAGGCAGCAAGCAAGAUAUUUUGAACAUGAUUCCACCUGUCUAUACAGACUACAUUACACCAGGAUACCUGCAGUUCAGGGCCAACAAUUUAGCUGGGUAUCCUAAUGCUCUAUGUCCCGGAAUCUCUGUUCAGUCUAUCUCACCAGAAUACCUUUGCAUCGGUGGAAUAUCAAGCGAUGUGUCUGAUCAUGGAACGUGUGGAGACUUCGCAGGCUGGGGUGGACGAGAGGAUGAUUCUAUAUUAACUCAUCAACCAUCUGGAUCCGCUCAUUCGCACAGGGAUUUGUUCUCGUCUUUACUACUGUUUUAUCGUUGAUUUGAAUGCCUAACUGACUGUUUAGAUAGUAAUGAAGAAAACUGAAGAUUGAAAAU